AUGAAAGGUAACCAGGGGUUGCACCGCCGCCUGCGUGGGGCGGAGGUAGCUGCCACGGGCACAGGCGCAGCCGUCGCAGGUGUCCGUGACGCUCUCCCACGGAAUCCACUAAAUGCCCCCAUCGCCAGCGUUGGUGACUUCGAGGAGGUUAAUAUGCGCCUUAUAGGCCCUCUUUAUCGCCAGACUGCUGUUUCACUCUACGAUUUACGAUUCAUUCGAAAUUCCUCAAUAAACAUUAUUCGUUCAAUUGCAUCUUCAUUAACCACCAUGAAUCCUUUUAAUGAUAACCGCACUUCUCCAUCUGACGAAAUGGGCGCUCUUUUAGGAAAUACCUUUCAUGAAGCUUUCAAACCUGAUCCAGUACCUCUGAUUCCUAUUCCGGUCUCUCGCAAUCCACCCGUAUUUCCCUGA